GGAUCUGCCUGACGUCCGACAUCGACGUGCUGCUGUACCACAUGAACAACGCUCGCUACCUGCGCGAGGUCGACUUCGCCCGCAUCGACUUCUACCAGCGCACGGGGCUGCUGUCGCACAUCCGCGCCAAGGGCGGUGGCGUGGUGCAGGGCGCCGCCACCAUCCGCUACCGCCGCUUUAUCCGGCCCUUCACGAUCUUCCGCAUCGACUCCAGGAUCAUCUACUGGGACAGCACGAGCAUCUUCAUGGAGCACAGGUUCGUCACCCCCAAGGACAACUUCGUGCGCGCCAUCGCCGUCUGCCGGCAGCGGGUCAUCGACUGCAACGCCGAGGAGAUCAUGACGGACCUGCUGCUGAGGCCCGAGCCCAAGAUGGCCAACCAGCUGACGGGCGUGACCAACCCCAGCGCCGUCAUCGAGAUGGAGCCCGAGGACAAGGACAACAAAAUGCACACCGUGGUGCUGGAUCCCGUGAGGCCCGACGGCCUCCCUGCCAAGCCCGCGCUGCCGCUCGAGGUGGCCAAGUGGUUGGAGAGCAACGAGAUCUCGAGCGCGAACCUGCGGAACGGCUGCUGAGCGUUGAGAACAAGAGUUGAAACUCUGGACAUAGUUCUUUCAAACACCCUUACGCCUACCUGUUCCUUCGAAACGUGAGAAACGGGCGACUGUGUUGCAGCUCUUCGCCUGAAGCUCGACUGGAGAAAUUGGAACAAAGUGAAAAAUGGUUACACAUUUCUGCUGACACUGGCUGGGUGGGUGGAAUGCUCUGAAGCGACGCGCGGGGCCGCGUGCCUCGGGGAAGACCAAAUCAUGUGGUGCUAGUCAAGUCCCUCGGACCCGUUCAAGUGGGAAAUGAUCACCGGCCGAUAUGUUGAAUUGACUUGUUUUUAUGUCAUCGAAAAUAUGUUAGUCGACGCUUUGCGGCCGAAUCAUUUCUCUUGCUGUCAGGUUUUCCGAGGAACUCACUUUAUUUUGACAACGCGGCGUGCUUCACGUACGUUCUUUUCAAUGCGCGUUGUUUCACCUAAGUAUAAAAUGAUCGUUAGUUGUUUUAAUUUAAAUUACAUGGAUCGUGGUGGAUUUCCCGAAACGUGAUAUUAGUUUGAUAGCCUGUGUACUGUUAACAAAAAGAAAAUCCUUGGCCCCAAUACCUUACUGACAAUUAGUAAACGGGUGAGGCGAUUAAUUUCACAGAGUUAACUGCUCAAAGGAUUUAGUCAUGAGGAGACAAUCAAAAGAAGAUGGGACCAGGAUCGCGCUGAGGG